AUGCCAUAUCAAGCCGCUACUAUAUUACCAAUUAGAUCAGUUACUGACAACAAAACUAUUAAACCAAUAAAAGGAUGUACAAAGCCCAAUUCCUUUGCCUCUGACACCAGCAAAGUAACGUCUGCGCCCAAAAACCACCUUUCGUCUUUAAGUUUUUUACAUAAACCCAAAAGAAAUAGACCGAUAAGGGAUCAAAUGUUAGAAGAUGAGAAACUAUUAUCUUUAAACACUGAACUAAACAAGAUAAUUAAACAGAAAAAAAAUGAGGAUAUUGACAAGGGAGAAACGUAUUACAAACCUAGCAAUGCGAAGUUGGAUAAUUUCAAUAUUAAAUAUUUUGAUACAACGUUUCUAGGCGAUGAUGAAAUUGGUCCUAAAAAUGAAGCUACAGAUAUUUACACUUCAACUUUUGAUGAUGAUGACAAAGAAAACGCAAUAGAUGAUUUAAAUGACUCUAUAAAAGAUUUCCGGCCAUUUAACAAUAGAAGUAAAGAUGAUACCAAUGAAAGAUUAAAUAUUAUACGGAAAAAAUCAGGGGAAAUAGUAAAAUCUAAUUUGAAAAGAUCAAAAUCGUUGCCGAUAGGCAGAAGCGUCAGUGCAGGCGACAAUUCCAUUAGCCAACCAAACCACCAUGGAAGAAGCAAUAGUGUUCAUUUUGAAGAAAGCAGACAGGUCAAAUACUUUGAUGAAUUAGAAGCACCAUGCAACUUGAAGAAUAAUACGAAUCAAAAUACGAGUAGAAGAAAAAGCAAGAAAUUUAUGAGCACGGCCGCUGCCAACACAAAUAAACCCCAGUUUGGGAUAAGUCAAAGUGAGAGCAAUAAUGAAUAUGCGACUAAUAAUAGCACUCCUUCCUUUCUUAAGUUUACCGGUUUAGACUGUUCUUUACUAGAAAGUUUGUCUCCCAUGAGCGAGAUUAACAUAGAUUUCUGUAAACAAUUGAUGUGUAAUAAGCAUGUGUUUCCGUUAACUUUACAAAUAGAUAUGGAAUACACUAGCGGCGGUGCACCAUUUUAUAAACUUUCUGGGUUUAUUGUAGUGCAAAAUAUGUUUUACGACAAACAGGUGAUUUUUAGGUACACAAUAAAUGGAUGGCUAACUUGGAAAGACUUACAGUGCAAAUGGUUUAAACACUGCGACGAUGAUGACGUACUUUUAAGUGACUAUGAUAUUUUCCAGUUUGAACUACCCGAUAUAGACAAAAUAGUGCAAGACACAAAUGUAUUACAAUUUUGCUUAGAAUAUAAAAGCUGGAAUAAAGGGGGCGUAGAGCACGUAUUUUGGGACAACAAUGAUUCAAAUAACUAUACGCUAAAGUUUUCCAGCGGUAAACAAAAAAACAUAUAUUAUCCACAAUGA